GACAAGAAAUUCGUGGCUUUGAUUUCAGCUUUUAGUGACUCGACACGAGAAAAUGUCGUCAGAGAAUUUUUAUGGAAACUUGAACCUCACGAAUGUCAAAUUAAAGUGAAGCUAUUCUAUAAAUAAUCGACUGCCAGUGUGGGGAAUUAACGAAAAUAUUUUAAUUGUUUCAACUUUCAUGUAUUGUUUACUCCUUACUUGUGUUCAUAGACGCCGGAAGUCUUCUGUCUUGAGCUUUAGUAAAGGAAGGCAGAGCUGAGACAUUUCUCAAGAGGGUUUAGAAGCCUUUGGUCAAACCUUGUUUCUCGUCAUCACAGAAGAACAGCUGUAAACUAAUGGAAGAGUUUGGCUUUCUGUACUACAUACUGGUGGUGCCACUGUCACUGCCAGUUAUUCUUCUGCUCCUGUACACCAGGUGGCUUGGCUGGGAACUUUAUACCAAUAACUGAUAUUUUGUAAGUAAGAUGUGGAGAACCUGGAAGAUAAAGGUACAGCACCGGGCUACUUAAUGAAACACUUCUUGCCUCUCAGAUCCUCCCUUGUGUAUUUGAAUGUUAAUAAGUGUUAUUAUUGUUCACUGUUCUUGGUAUGAGUUUCUCCCUUGUGCUGCACCAGCUGUGAGGCCAAUGGGAGAAUCCUAGUCAGCAUGGCAGAGCGUCUGACGGUGACCUCAGCUGUUGAAAAUGUUGCUAUACCAGUAGAACAAACGUUACCAGUAUCUUUAGACCGUCUGUCUCUGCCCAGAGUCAAGGCUCAUAAAAGCACCGUCAGAAAGUCCAUGCAGAUUCCUCUGACAGAAUCAUCAUUAGAAGAAGACUUAGAAAGUGUCCAGACCCCUCUUCCUUCUCUGAUGUCUUCCGGACUGUGUCAUGUGUCAGCCAUGCCCUCUCAGAUGGGGGGGCAUGGCUGUGAGUCAGAGAAGAUGAAAUGUGCCACUCCGGAGGGCCAUUUUAAGAUGCCAGAGAGGCAGAUGGACAAAAGUGAUGGCCUUGGGAGAGGUCUAAGCAGUACUGAUGGAGGCUGCGAGGAUGAGCCUGGGGGAGUGUUGACGGCAUUAGGAGGUGGAGGAUCAGUAGAUUCCAGCACAAUAGUCAUUGGUGAGGGCAUGACAGGCUGCGUUGUAGUGGACCUGCAAGGAAACAUGGUUGUCCAGGAGCACAGUGCAGACCAGACUUCUGCUGGACCUUACCUGGUGGAAGAACAACUCUUGGUCCAAGUCACCCAAGAGGCCCAACACCAACAGGCAGAACUAGCAAACAACACUAGAGUAUAUACAGGAGGACCUCAGUACAUAAGGGGAAAUGCAGUUGAUCCAAUUUUUAGUGACCUUCAAAGAAAAGGAAUAAACAAGAAACAGGUAAUGGAUAAGAAGGAAGAGUUUGCGGCCAAGACUAACUGCAAAGCGUUACAGAGCCAGCCGAACUUUGAAUCGCGAUGGAAUUUCCGAGAGGUGCUGGUUAAGCCAGAGUGCCCCUUGAUAUCCCUGGGUGAAAUACCCGAGGAAGAAUUUCUAGGAGAGGACGACAGUGAGAAUGAAGAACAAGGAAGACCGAGGAGGAAGUCAGCAAAAAAGGCAAGACUGAGAUGGAAAAACAUUCAUGAAGUAGAUGACAUUGGAAAAUUGAAAACCAAGAAACCAAAAAGAUUGCAGAUCCAGCCAAGAGAAAAAGGAAACUGCAUGUUAGAAAAAGUCAUGCCCUCAAUACCCAAAGAACCGGGGCCCAGUACACUUCCCUUAUGGGCGCAGCGACUAACCUCAGUGCGCCUGGUGGAUGACAUGUGGGUUGUGGGUGUGGCCUCCAGCAGCUCUGUCCUGCAUCAGACUCUCGAAGGUCACUCGCGCAGUGUUCUGUGUGACUACAUCAAAAGUCAUCCAAGCAGCUUGGAACAGCGACAUCGCACGCGAGCACAGGUGAGCCGCAUAAUGUGGCAUCACCAGAGAAUUAUGUUCGAUGGCGUUCCUUUCACCAUUGUAUCCUCAGAUGAUCUGAAGUGUGCUUUUGGCAUGAACUAUAAGAUUAAGAGAAAAGGCACCGAUUCCACAGCUGAAGGGAAAUUAGCGACCAAUAAAGUAGAGGAGGAGUUUGUUGAGGAAGAACCUAUAGGAAGCUGUACAGAGUUGAAGGAGGGAGGGGGGGGAGGGCAGCCAGGGAAAGAGCAGAUCACAAAAAUUGCAGACACAAAUAACCAGCCAAAGAAGAGGUACAAGGAUGUGACAUAUACCUCUUGCACUGCCAGGAUUACUGUCAAAGUCAUUGUCAAGUAUCCUGGUUAUGCAGUAUCCCCAAGUGCAACUGCCAAGGAGCGAAAAGUGAUGCUGAAGACCCUGCGAAGAGACAUAGAGCAGGGUCUAGCACUAGAGAAGGAGGAGCUGUACCACGUAACAAUGCCCCUCAGUUCCGUCCACAAUCACCCACUACAGGGCAAGUCCCGGGGCGUCCACCCCUCCAUCACCAACAAGAUCAAGGAGCUUGUCUCAAAGGGAAUCACAGCCCCCAAGGUUAUAAAAGGUCUUCUAGAUGAUCAUGUCAAGAAGCAACACUUUGAGGACAUGGUUGUUCCCCAUGAUGAUGAUAGGGCAUAUUACCCUCGGCUCAAGGACAUUGCAAAUCUUGUUUAUACUCAGUGCAAGAAGAUGGGCAUUUCUGCAAAGAGGAAGGCAGUGCAAGAGCAGCCAGCUCUGGACACAACUCAGAAGAAGAGAAAGAAACAUAAGAAAGUUCGAGUUGAAGACGAAAAUGAAGCAGAGGGAUCAGACAAUGUGAUUGGAGACAGCAUGCCCUUGCAGGCCUCGACUCUCCAGGAAGCUGUUCAGACAUUUUGUACAGAUGAUCCUGACAGAGGGAGUAGCAUGGGAGGAGUGAGUGAACGAGAGUGUUUGCCGCCUGAAAAUCUGACAAGAGACAACUCAGGAGAAGUGACCAACUUGGCUGAGGUUGUGCGUGGGCAGCUUGACACCCUUCGCAGUCUGACAUACUCCAUAACAGAGGCUGGUCCUUUGCAGGAAAUCUGUCAGUCCCUCCAAAUGGUCCUUAAUCAGUACAUGGGGAACAGCCAUCAUAGUCUUCCUCUCCCUGAGGGAAUGAGUGAAACCUCAGGCACUGCCACAGCCUUCAUUAUCCAGGAACCUAUGGUAAGCCAGUUAUCAUCCUCAGCUUCUCCUGCCCAGACUGUCCCAGAGACAACAGCAGACCAUCUUGAGAUACCUGAGAGGGAUGCAAGUGGAUCUGGCAUCACAGUUAAGGCACGCAGUGCACAUAGCAUUGGAAGUCAGCAGGUGCGGCAACUGAGACCCCCUGUGGCCCUGCAGUGCCUUACAACUAGUAUGGUGCCAACCCUAGCUGUGUCCCAGCUGCCCAGAGCUUCCACCCAGACACCACAUCAGACGCACACUCACACGCACAUCAUGACAUCGCUGCCCACACACAAUGCCCCAGCUCCAGCAACCCCUUUACAUCCCCCUACAUACCAGACUCUGGGGCCGGCCGCUUCCCAAGAGGGUUCCCCAGCUCAGGUUCAUGUGUCUUUGCCGCCCUAUUUCUACUACGUGCAGGAGGUGACAGUUCCUGAGACAAGUCAAAGCUGGACGUACACCAGCUCUUCAUAGAGAUGGGAGAUGUAUAUGCUAAAGGUAUUUAAUUCAGCAAGAGAAGAAUGUGGAACAAACAUUUUGUCUUUCUUUGAUUAGUCAGUAUGAUGACAUGACAGUAUGUGCUUCUCUAAUGAGACAAUAAAUGAAAAUUCAAUAUUACGGGUUCAUGGCCUCCUUACAUGCAAAAGAACUAUUGUACUUCAUGUGAGGAUGAAUUAGUUGUUUCUUCAAAUUGUCCCAGUUCCUGUGAAAUGUGAGUAAUAUCAAAAUUUGUUCCUUCUCCAUUUAUAGUAUUUUUUAGAAACUAUUCAUAUUUUUAUUACCAGUAAGGGUUUUAAAGAUUUUUCUUUAAUGGAUGAAUGGGUAUUGUCCAUUUUUUUGUAUCUAUGCCUAGAAGCAAGAGUCCAAGACAUAUUCUAAUUUUUAAGUUUAUAUCAAUUCCAGCUCUUUAGGACAGCUAUAUUUCAGCUAUUAUUAUUAUCCUUUUAGAGUGCCGUACUUUUAACUUUAAAAGUAAUUUAUUAGUAAUUAUUUAUUUAUACAAUAAUUGUUUUUCUCCUAGGAUUUUGGGGAGUCAAACAAUGCAUUUUGAAGUAGAGUGUCUAGUUAUAACUUCUACACCUGUCCAUUAGUUAAUUUAUGGACUACCUGAGUUGAAUUUUUUUUUUUUUUUUUUUUUUUUCCACUUUUCACCUUUUUUACAUAAACAUGUGUUGACUAUAGAUGUUAGAUGUCUUCAGUCUUUUUUUUUCAUAUCACUUUUAUAAUGGCUACUUAGUUCUGUUUCGGAAUUAUGAUAGGAUAUGUGCUGCAUUAUUCAAGCUGAACCUCAUGAGUCCAGUAAGCACGGGACCAAAUAGGUGCUGAAGCUGUGGAAAAUGUAAGAUAAAACAUGUAUCAGAUACUGAAACAGCUUACACAGGCUUCAGUCUACUUCAUUCUUACUACAAUUGUUUAAAACAAAGGGUUAAGUACCGCACACAGGACGACCGUGCUAUGACACAGCUGGUCAGAUUGCAGACACUUUCCGGUGCCAUUGAAGCUGCAGCUUUAGUGAAGUUCAGUCUGUUACUAUUUUUUCCUUUUCUGUUCCAUAGUGUAAAAGUAUACUUCCAAAGCCAACCAAAAACCAUAUCUUUUCUAUAUCUUCACAUUGACAUUUUUUUGGGAAUGUAGUGAUGUGUUUCUGGGCUUUCCAGAAAAUGUACGUUAUCCAUUUUUCUUCUUCUUAAUACAAAAGAUUUGACCAGUGUAUAGAAGAAACCAAAGACUUGUUUCUUGUUUUAUGCAUUUCUUUAGAUGUGACUGUUGUAUCAUUUUUUUUACAUAAUCUUUUUUUUUUUUUUUUUUUUUUUAACUUGUGAACAAACUUCAAUUUCCAGGCCAACAUUUUCCAGCAUAUGUGAUGAGAAUUGUUUCACCAUACACUGCUUUCUUUUAAUGUGCACAAAAAUUAUAGUAUAAUAGGAUUUUUUUCUGUGGAAUUCUUCAAACACUGAGAAGUAUGUGAUAUUCAUAGCAAAGUGUCAGGGUUCAUGGAGUUUUCUUACCAAUAUAUAGGAACCUAUCCUUGCUUAACUCAGUUAUAGUCAUG